UUUUAUAUUGUAUUUUUAAUAUAUUAAAAGUGUUGUAAUGUUGUUCUUUAGUUGUUUAUUUUUUCAAAAUUUCCCCCAUUGUCAGUACAACGGAAUAAGCAUUAGAAGGUAAUAAAAAUGUUACAUUGUAAUAUUUUUAAUAUGUUAAAGGUAUAAUGUAAAAAAUUUUAUUUUUUGGGGCAUAAAAUAAAAAAUCAUAAAUCUUUCGGGAUAUAAAAUGAAAUUCAAAAAAAGUUGAAAAAAUCGCUAGUAAAGUUCACUUUCUCUAUAAAGAAGACGGACUUCACAACUCUCGAUUAAUCACGUCUCUUUCUUCUUCCGUAGAAUAUUCACUUCUCUCUCUUUUUCUCUCCUCUCAUUUUCUUCGCCUGAGUUUUCUCUCUCUAGAACAUGAAGGCGGCGAUGUUGAGAUCCGUGCUCAGAAGAAGCUCCACCGCUUCAUCGUCAUCAUCAUCUUACAUACUUCGCCGUGGAUACGCAUCGGAGUCCCAUCCCGAAAGGAAGGUCGCCGUUUUGGGUGCUGCCGGAGGGAUCGGACAGCCACUGGCUCUACUCAUGAAGCUCAACCCUUUGGUUUCUAAGCUUUCCCUCUAUGAUAUCGCCGGCACACCCGGUGUUGCUGCAGAUGUCAGCCACAUCAACACUAGAUCUGAGGUAGCUGGGUACAUGGGCGAAGACCAGCUCGGGCAAGCUCUAGAGGGAUGUGAUGUUGUCAUCAUUCCAGCUGGUGUGCCAAGAAAGCCUGGUAUGACCCGUGAUGAUCUCUUCAACAUCAAUGCUGGCAUUGUGAAGUCCCUUUGCACCGCAAUUGCCAAGUAUUGCCCUAAUGCACUUGUUAACAUGAUUAGCAACCCCGUGAACUCCACCGUCCCCAUUGCUGCUGAGAUCUUCAAGAAAGCAGGGACAUAUGAUGAGAAGAAACUGUUUGGUGUAACCACUCUUGAUGUGGUUAGAGCUAAGACUUUCUAUGCUGGAAAGGCGAAGGUCAAUGUUGCGGGGGUCAAUGUUCCUGUUGUUGGUGGACAUGCUGGCAUCACUAUUCUUCCAUUGUUUUCACAAGCCACACCAAAAGCCAAUUUGCCGGAUGAAGACAUUAAGGCUCUGACCAAACGGACACAAGAUGGUGGUACGGAAGUAGUGGAAGCGAAGGCUGGAAAGGGUUCAGCCACACUAUCAAUGGCCUAUGCUGGGGCCAUAUUUGCUGAUGCUUGCUUGAAAGGACUUAAUGGUGUUCCAGAUGUUGUAGAAUGUUCAUUUGUGCAGUCAAGUAUCACUGAACUACCUUUCUUUGCAUCUAAGGUGAAGCUGGGGAAGAAUGGUGUGGAGGAAGUCUUUGGGUUGGGCCCGCUUUCAGAUUUUGAAAAAGAAGGAUUGGAAGCUCUCAAGCCCGAGCUGAAAUCCUCUAUUGAGAAGGGACUCAAGUUUGCAAACCAAUGUUAACUGAAGUUUACAAGUCUAUUGGGGGAAACUCUCUCCCCGUUACUAAGAACCCAUCACAAUUUUGCACUUUUACCACUGUUGUGGUGUUUUAGCUGCGUGUUAUGCGGCCAGAGACAUUGGGGUUUAGCUGUUUCCAGCAAAGUCAAGUUUAACAGGGUUUAAAUACUUGUACUGAUAAUGCCAGCAGAUUAGGUCUAUCUGAGCCAAAAUACUUUCGUUAAUAAUGUCGGUGAGGUUACCAAGCAAUUCACCUAUGAACAAUCUAUUGAAGUAUGAUGAUUCUUUCCAUCAUGGUUGGCCUUUUAACCACAUGAUACAUUGUCAUCUGUGUACACACGCUAUUGAUGUGCUGGCAUUGACCUAUGUUACUUACCAGUGUAGUCUGCAAAACAGAAAGAACUUUGUUCAUCCAUGCAGAUUGGUUUCUACUGCCUGUAAUGAGGAUGUAUGUAUGUCCAAGGACAAGUGCUUGCCCGUUAAAGCAAUGCUUCCAUUAAGUGGGUGUUUAGGGUAAUUGGUAUUGCUAGAUUGUUUAAUUUGUACAGGGAUCUCUGGUUAUAGGGCUGGGUGUUUAUGGUAAUUUGUAUUGCUAGAUUGUUUAAUUUGUAGAGGGAUUUCUGGUUAUAGGGCUG